AGUAAGGUAGCGGGAGAGGUGACCACCGAAACUUGUAGUCCUCAGCAUGGAUAUUGAAAAAGCUCUGAUAUCUAUUGUUCCUUUUGUGAAGACAUCAUUAUUUAAAGAGAAAAAGUUAAUGUUUAAGUUUCUAUUUAUUCAUAAACUAACCAAAGAUGUGUUUUUGAGGAGCAGGACCACACCUCCCCGUUUUCUCUUUUUCUGGACAUCUCCUUCCCUUCCUGUUUCCUUUCUUGUAAUGACACAACUCCUGGCUCUCUAAUCUAUGGCCAGGUGCCGAAAUAUACGUUUCAAGCCGACCUUUACUCACUAGCUGUCCUUUUUUCAGACCGUUGUUUGAUUUUUUGUUGUUGUGUCCUCACAGGAGAAGUCCUUCCUACAAAGAAGCCUGCUAAUGGGACUUUGUUGUACUCUUAAUCACCGCCCAACAGCUCCUGCCGUCCGGCGUCUACCUUAAUGUGGAGACUCUAAGGAGAGGUGAUCAGAGCUUCCCUCAGUCCCCUGAAGUUGAAAAUAAUGUUAUGUCUUGACCCAACGUGAUCAGCAGGUCAGAGCAGCCUGGAGGACUUUGUUUUUCUGCCGCUGAGACUUAAGUGCCACUGUGAGAAAGAAACAAUAACCAUUACUGCAUCUGUGACCUGGGAGUGGAAGUAAGAGGUUCGUUUUCUUUCUUCUUAACUACUGUGGUUGAAACCUGAGGACACCAACACCACAAAGCCUCCAGAAAAGGCCUCGCCAACAUUAUUUUUAUUGUUGUUAAAUUUGUGGGAUUUCGAGGUUUGAGACACAUUAAAGUUGUGUGUCCCUAAAAACCCCCUGAAACCUGCACGCUCACAUUCAAACCUCAGAGUCAUUCUGUAACAAAGUCACCUCCACACUCAUUCACAUUCUGAGCACGCUCAGGACAAGACUCUGGCGUACUGGUUACCAUGGAAACUGAGUGCUCAUUGAUUCAGUUCAUAUCUGCCCCCUGUAUACAGUGAAUGAUCUUUUGCAGGAGAUUACAUUAAAACUUUUCAGAUUAGAUUUAACAGAGAAACAACAUCAGCAGAUAACAGACAUCUUUGUUUCUGCAGUCAGUGAUCUGUUCAUUCCAUGGCAGAGAUAAUAAUAAGAGAAAAUUAUGUUUAACCUGUAAAAAAAUGACUCAAAUUACCCCUCUACGGAGGUAUGGUAUGAAAAAAAAGGUCAUAUUAGCAGUAUCUAGCGCGCAGAUUUCAGACUGAAACGCUCCCUUGCUUACCCCGCUCAAAGCAACAGUGACCUUCAAGGACAAUGAUGCAUACUAAGUGUGAUCCCCCCUUAGUUUUCCCAAUGAAAAACGCCUUUUGAUUGAAAUUAUUUUGUGCACAAUGACCACAUUCUUCUUUGUUUUCUAACAGGUGCAUUUGCACGAAAACUAACAGAAUACAAAAAAGGGAGUGUUACCAGUUUGUCUGUCCUCUGCUACGGUAGAAUGAAGAUGGCAGAUGGAUAGAUCGCAGUCAGUCAAAUAUUAUUACAAAGUAAAUAAAUAAAUAAUUUUGACAGUUUUAAAGUAUUAAAAAAUAAGUAAAAGAAAUCAAAUGUAGUUUAGAGCCAGGGUAAAAAAGUAGGUAUUUAACUUGCCUUUCAAACAUUGAUACUCUGUGCCCCCCUCAGGUCUUCAGGUAGGCUGUUCCACAGACGUUCGUUGUAAUGAUAAAGAGUUGCUGUUCUGUGGGUCUUUGUUCUGACUUUUGGUGCCAUUAAAUACAACUAUCUGAAGACCUGAGGGCUCUCAAAGGUUCAUAUGAUAAAAGCAAAUCUGAAACUGAGCUGGAAAAGGAUCAUUCAGAGUUUUAUAAACCAAUAUAAGAAUCUUAAAAUCAUUUUUAGGAGACUUUUAUGUGUGCAUAAUGAUUGCAGCAGCUGAAUGAAGAUGUUCAUUUUAGCCCUUUAAUGCCUGAAACUACAAAUUAUGGCCAGAAAAUUCAAAUUUUUUGGAGCUGAAAUAUUUAUUUCACUUACUACUGAAAACGGAAAAAAAAAUCAAAUGUCCUUAAAAUUUAACAUAUAUAUCUAUUUAUCUCGUUUGACACAUUAGAUGUUUUUGGAAACUGAUAAACCAUAAGAGGACAUUUUGAUCAUUUAUCGGACUGUAAGGUGCAUUUUUUGUAAUUUGUUGAUCAUAUUGAUUGAUAGAAGUAUCAUAAAAGAAUGUAUCAUAUAAGAUACAAAAGGCAUUAAAGGGUUAAGGUUAGGGUUAUUUAUAAAAAUGUUAUUGCUCUGAACUGUAGAGAGAAGGGCUUACAUAUUCAUAUGAUCAGUGUGUGAUGUUCAUUACUACCCGGUCUUGAAAUGGCCCCCAGCUCAACCCUUAAACCAGCCUUUUACGGGAUGCACUCUCUGCAGUCAGGCUGUCAAAUCUCAACAGUGCGGCGAGAACCUGUAGAGACUGAGCUGCAUACAGUCAAAUCUUAAAACGUAGAAUGUAAUCUUCACAGUUCAAAAGCAAUCUUCUCAACCUUCACCGUGCCUAUUGAUGUAAUUUAUUUUCUCAGUUAUCAUUUCUGCCAUCUCCUUCAGGUGUGUGCAUCUCUGCAUGUACAGAGUAUGUAUCUAUAAUGUGUAUCUACCACGGUGUGCACCUACUGUGUGUAUUUUCAGAUUAUCUUCGGCAUGUAUCUGGGGGGCAGCUCCUUGAAGACAUCUGGAAAUAAAGUGCUGUCUCAGCAUUAACAGCUGCAGCACUGUUAUGGUCCACAUUAAUCUCUGUAAGACUGGUUUCAUUGAUCCCUGCAGGCCUGAUCUCUGCAGAGUCUUCCUGUAUCUAACUCUUUGUCUCAUACUCAGAGAACUCCAGACAAACACAAAAACACCUCCUGAUGAUCAGCUCUGGUGUUCUAAAGUUCAGAUAGUGUCAGAAAGCAGCAUGUAAAGUAGUGAAACUGUCCCUCCCUGCAGAAUUAUUACAAACUAUGCCACAUCUAACAGGUUUGUGGCUGAAAACAACAGAGCAUAGCUUUUAGUAUGUGUAGCUGCUCAUACAUGUUUAUCUUUCAUCUGAAAUUUCAUAGGCAGCAUCGUUUUCAUCUUUACUACAGUGUGUGCAAUAUGGAGUGUGCAACCUACUCUUCCUUUUAUUGGGUGUGAAAUUGAAUUCCAAUCUUCAGCGACUGAGUAAAAACAAACCAUUUAAAAAGUGUUGCAGGAUGGUUUCUAACGGCAUUUCCUGAGGUGGAAUUUGGAAGAGUUGUUCUUUUGUACAUCUGCAACCUUUGUGCUGGUUUUUCUUACAAUCUUGCAAACCACUGGCUUUCAUUUGAUGAUGGUACAGAUUAUGAGAUUAAUGACCAUCUUUUAGGGCUUCUGGUGUUUCCAGCAUUUAGAAGCCAGGGCCUCCUUGUCUCUCUCUUCCCAGCAUUUACAGUCUGACUACAGCGUGAGAAGUGAAACUGGAGUUGAUUUAAAGCAUCUAAAAGUUUUUUUUUCAUAGUUUUGGGCAGGUAUAGAGUUUAAUUAGAACCAAAUUAGCACCAGGUACUUGUCAAACAGUUACCUUAAACCCUGGCCACUCUUGUUCAUGUCAGGCAUGGAAGUAAUUCCCCCACUUUUUUAAAAGCCCGUUUUGGUCCCCUUAAGUUUUAACCAUCUGAAAACAACGUAACUUUACACUAUAGCAAACUGAUACACAUCAGGCACCAGGACCAAAUGGCCACUAAAGCCGAAAACUGGUUUCCCUCUGUUUGGACCGCCCACAAGGUCCUUGAUUGGCUAUGCCGCAGGGUUGCUUUUUGUGUGUGAUUGGCUAUCCCUGUCAGUCAUUUCAUGCCCCCUGGACUAGUGUUUUGUAAGUUGCUUGUAAGUGAGUCAGUCCAUGAACAUAGCUAUCUGCCGAUGUAAAUUUACAGGUGGGUGGCGUUCAUUUUCCCUCCGUAAUGUCACAUUCAUCGGAGGUUUCAUUUACAUCCUUGCACUGGGUUUGUACUUCCAUCCACUCGCUGGCCAUAUUGCCUCCUCUGUUACUGUGUGUGUGAGAUGCACUGUUUGCUAGGCUGUAUGUCUCAAUAGUACUCAACAGUACUCAAGUCACAUGUGUCCCCCUAACUUUGAAAUCAAAAUUCCGUCUAUGAUGUCAGGGUACCAGUCCCCUCAAUCACAAUUUCUAGACACACCCCUGCAACAAGGAAGAUUUCACAUUGUGAGGGAUAUGUGUGAAUGAGAAACUUUGGAAAAUUUGUGAGUGGGAGAUUUAAACAUUUUUGCUACAACACUGUUAAGUGUUUUGUAAAAGAAGAUGUGGUACUUAAGUGACGGGACCCUGUUGAAGAAACUUCAACCGUCAUCUAGGUUCUGCUGAGAGAUAAAUCUCAUUCUCUUUAGUGAGCAGGUGAUAGGAGCAGCAGGAGGAGAGCAGAAACACCUGGAGGAGGCAGUAACUCCUCCUCACAUUUAUAGCAUAAAAUAACUCUCAGUUCUCCUCUCUUAAAUGUUAAAGCAAGCCAAUAAAGUGAACCUGUUUUGUCCCACAGAGGUGUUUAUGGUGCAACAGAGAGUUGCCGUCUCUGUUCUACUCUGCCACAGUCUGUCUGAAAAGUUUGACUCUUACUUACAGAUGGUUUGGUCAGACUUCACCUUAUUCUCAGGGUGGCUGAAAUUAAUUACAUAAAUUCAUCAAUGAGCAAAAAGUCAAACCAAACCAUCACUUUAAACAUAAAAAUGGGACAAAUAGAAAACAGUUGAUCCCAAUAAAUUUAUUUAAAGAAAAAGAAAAGGAAAACAAAAUAAGCAAAAUACUUGGAAUUAAAUCAUAUUUAAUAAAUAAAUUGGAUCGAUUUUAAUUUUGACUCUCACGCAUACGCAUCGUCAGUGCGUCAGUCGUUGCCAGCGAUACGGAACCGGGGUUAUUUAAACUCAGAUCAAUGUUCCAGAUUCCCCUUUUGCUUCUGACCUUGACAAGAGUAGCUGCAAACUUUGGCUGUGGGAAGCUAACCUUUGGAAAGCUCGAGAGAGAGUCUGAAAACCAACUGUUUUUUUUUUAAAAAACAAACCCCUUUGGAGAGAUCGCCGACUGCGGAUACCCAGGAAGACUGAAGAUGGCCUCCAGGAGACCGGACCAGGACCACCUGCUGCUCGGGGACGAACCGAUGAACGACUACCGUGCUGGCAAGAUAACUUUGAGCCUCGUUUGAUAUUGAUAUUGAUAUAACAUGCGUGGAAACAAGAUUAAAACCUAAAAGCUUCGUGGUUACAGUAAUGAAUUGCUCUAAUUUAAGAUAUAAUUUACACCGAAUGAUCUGGGUGUUUGAAAAGAAAGUUUAAAAUCAGAUAAACUCGACGUUUACACGAUGAAUUUUCAUAGCAAAAAUGAUUUUUAUGAUGGCAGUUAAAUCUCAAAUAUCCAGGGACAAGGUGGGAAUGUGUUAACAGUCAGUGUAGUGAUUUGAAGACUGACUUUUCACCGAAAUGUCGAUGUAUUCAAAUGUUUCUAAAAUGUUUAGUUUCUUUUUUUGUUGACCUGCUGAUUCAAAACCUUACAAUUCUGAAAUGACAUCACCACGACAUCAGGACUCAAGUGUGUAAAUUCCAGCAGUGUGCACGUGACUGUAGUUUGACUCUCUGUUAGAGCUUCAUUAUGGAUCCGGAGUUGAUACCGAAAUAUCGAGUCCUUUUAGUGUUUAUUGUAUGAGUUUGAAUGAACUCAUUUUCUGAUAUGCCUGAAAAUAAACAUAAAGAGUCCUGAUGUUGUUUUAGGACUGGAUUGGAAAAUGUCUGACCGGUUUUAAACUCUAACCGAACUGUUGCGUUUAAUCCUCAUAUGUUAUUAACAUGUCAAUUAUUUCAUUGUUUGCAUUUGGCAUGAUUUAGUACAUGAAUCUAAAAUCCACGAUGCAACCCUCUCCAACACCUGCCACGAUGCAUAGACAGUAAACUAAGAACCACAGUGGGUUAAAAGUAUUUGAUGUAAACAGAGGUACCUGUGGUUAUCCUGGAGAGUCCAUGAGAUUGUCGAAACUGGGUGUAAAUGAGUACUGUUGUACUAAAUAUCUAUAAGUUAGGCUGUGCUUAUUAUGGUGCAUAUAGAGCAGCAUAUUAAAUGAAUUACAAAGCUGAUUGUAAACUAAAAAUGGGUUUAUCUAACAGAAAAACUAAAGUUCUUGAAAUAGUUUGAUGGAAAAUAUAUUUAUUUACAUUUGUGUGUGGUUGAUUUCUUUAUUAAAGCGUUUUGCUCUAAUUCUGAGCAUCAAUUAUUUUUGUAUAUAUAUAUAUAUAUAUUUAUUCAUAUAUGAUUCACUGAUGUUUGUUUCUUCUGAGAAUAUUUCAGGUCAGUGAACAGUAAAAAUAGAUAAAGUUACUUCAGCUUUCUUUUCACUCAUUCUCUCACUGAAUCGAUUUUGUUUUGUCCUUAUACGUUUUGUUUCCACCGUUUGAUCAUAGUUUUGAUAAAGUUAAGCUUUUAAUUUGUAGCUCAGACUCUUCAGCUUCAUAUGUUAAUCCAUCUAAAAUUCAUAAAUCAAAGUUUUGAACAUUGUGAAAAUAUAACAUUGACACAUUACAUCAGAGCUAAUAAACACAGGAGGGUUAAUAUUUCUUUAAUAAUACAGCAACUCCAUGAUGUUUGAUAUAAGAGUUAAAAGUCGUUUCCUGUGUUCAUGAAUCAGUUGAUGUAGAACAGUUGUAAGAAAUUUAUGUGAAUUUAGGAUUACAAGAUUUAAUUGAGUGUUUUUACUUCUGUAAGACAAAUAUUGUAAGUUACUGGAGAAGACACACCUUAAAAUCUUAUUCUUAAACGCUCUGACUCUUCCUCAUCAGAUGGCGUGGAGCAGCCAGUGGAGGACAUCCUCCCUGAUGUCAUCGUGGUUGUGGACGACAUCCCAGGUGACAUUGUUCCAAUCUACAUCUCUUCCUCUGAAGAUGAUGAUGAUGAUGAUGAUGUUGUUGUCUUGGCAGGUGGCGAUGAAGGCAUGGAGGCUGAGGUGGCCAUCGAGCAACAGGUGGACAUCGCAGGUGACGGGGGUGACGACAUUGACGGCGACAAUGACGAUGACAGUUACACUGACAACAGCGACGACUGGUUUUUCUCUGACGGUGAGGAUUCUGGUUACGGCUCCAUGUCUGAGGAGGAGGAGGACGCGGUCGUCAGACCUGACUCCCCCCUUGAACAGGAGUUCCCACCAGAUGACUUCUGGCAGAGGUGGAACCAGUUGUCUCCUCCAGUCCCUGCUGGUUCACCUGUUGCUCCGCCUUUCAGUCCUCUAACACUGCCUCCGAGUCCUCUUGCUGGUCCUCCGGGCACAUCUCCUGAAGCUCAGGGUUCAGAAGAGUGUGCCCCCUCAACAUCAGGGCUGGUCUCCUCCUUGAAGAGGAUCAUGGAGGAGGGCAGCCCUGAGCAGGUAAGUGCAAAGAGGCAGAGGACGAGUGACGAAGACAGCCCUGAUGAACCAACGCCCUCAACAUCAGGGCUCAGCUCCAGCACAAACAGAAGUCUCUGCUACAGGACGUUCCUGCUCUCAAGGUGGACUGAGGACAGUAACUCGGACUGAGGCAGAGGCUCUGUUUGUUGUUGGAAAAGGAAGUAUACACACACACGCUCAAACACGUACACAAGCACGUGUCACAAUAAAUAUAAUUUUUGAUGAUUUUUGAAAAAUAAGAUGGUAGACGUCUGCAGAAAAGGUGAGUAAGAAUCAAUGCCAGUGCUAAAUGUAUUCUUCAAAUGUUGAUUCAUUCAGUAAUUCAGGGAUGAUGAUUAUUCCUUCUAACACUGUUCUUGUUUCUUUUUCUUACAGAGAUGCAGCAGCAGACAAAAGUGAGCUCAUAACUAAACCAAACAUUCAAAAGUCAGCUGUAAGUUUCUACCCAACUCACUGAGGAUUCAGAGAUUAUUUCCUUUACUCUGUUGAACUCUCGUGAUUUUGGACGAGGAGGGUCCAAACCAGAUCAGCACAGAGGACACACACCAUGACUGUUGAUGAUCUUUUUCUCCACAAAAAGUGAGGAUGAAAAGGACGAAGACCAGACAUGAGGAGAAGAACAUUCUGGACCACAAAAGGAGGAUGGAUGACGGAGGACCAGCUGUAGAUCAGAGGAAGCGUCUUUGUUGGUCAUCUUGGUAAGUCAUCCCCUCUCUGAGAUAGCAGCUGUAAUCUACUGUAAAAUUCAUUUUGAAUAUGUGGAUUACCAAAGGAGGCAGUCUUUUAUAUUAUUAUUCCAGUUUUCAAAAUGAUUUGAACUAUUUAUUUUCCAUCAACACAAAGUUCUCAAAGAUGUGUUCAAACUUUUUCUGGUGUUUUUCUAUCCUGUAGGGUUGGAUUCCUCUGUGUAUUUUUCAUGUUGCUGGAGGUCAGAGUGCAAGUGAACCAACAGAUCAUCCCAGGACCAAGACCCACUGACACCCACUGGGCCUGAAUCACUUAGAAUGGAUUGAGGCUACUAAUAAGACAAAGAAUUGAGCAUCAGGGUCUGACUCAAAAAGCAAACAGUACUAAUGAUGUUUAAGAGCAAAAACAUCCCAGCUCUGAGGAUGAGGAACACCCCAACCUGACCAGCAUGGAGGACGCUGUGCGCUUCUUCUGCUUCUUCUUGAAGAGAAAUUUCUCAUGCACAAACACACACAACAUGGUUGUCAGAGAAUUUUAAAGGAGGAAUAUUUUCAAUAAAAAUUGUAAAAUAAAUAUUCAAAAAAUGUGUUUCUUUCCACAAGGUGUACAUAACUGUUUAUGACCAUAGUAAAAAAAAAAGUCUCAAUAUUAAUAAAAAUUAUAUAUUUCCCAAGUCUGACCAUUGUGACCAACAACAUAUUAAGUGAAAAACUAGUUUAAAUUGAAAAGUUAUUGAGUUUAAUUUUCUUAACACAAAAAUAUUCAGUCACGAGUCUCAUAUUGAAGUGUUUGAGAUGUUAAAUAAUGAGUUACAAAUGUGAAAAUCCAUGUUGUUGUAUUUGGAAAUAGUUACCAUUUUUCUGUAGCAGUUAUUUGGAGUUAGACGGAGUUAUUUGGAGUUUUAUUUGAGGCCUAUCCUAACAGGGUCAGGUAUUAUAAUGUGUUAUAACUGUUAACAACUCACUGACAAUGCCCACAUAGAUAAUGCAAUGCAACUGUUGUUAAAAGUUAUAACACAUUAUAAUACUUGACCUUGUAAGUCAUGAUAAAAUGCUUUAUAAUGUGUUGUGAUUAUUGCUAUAAAGCAUUAUGAUCAUUUAUGAGUGUUUAUAAUUGUAGUUAUACAGUGCUAUAACCUGAUCAUAAUGCAUUAUACUUAUAUAUAUAAUGUGUUAUAGAGAUAGGCGUCAAGUAAAGUGUUACCAAACUCAUUCUAUAUAUCAAUAAAAAAGUUAUGAUUUCUAUGACUCUCAAUAUGGAAAAUGUCUUAUCAAUACUCACAACAUAUCUCUAGGUGCUUUUAGUAAAGUGACAGCACUGUAACACAAUUACUUAUAAACUGUACUUGUGGCUGUAUAAGUAGCUACAGUGUUAGACAAAAAUAUGUCAUGCUCAUGCUCAAGAAAUGCUUUUAACUUAUACUCACUGCUAAUAACACUAAAAAAUAUUGCAAUAAGCUGUUCUGAUGGUUAUUGUCACUCAUGUGGGUUGUUGUUAAGCUUUAUAAAUAUGCUUAUCUGAUAUAAAA